AUGUCCUCAGGGGUGGCGGGGGCAGGGACUAAGGGCGAAAAAGGGGAUAAGGGAGCCUCCAGGAUGAGAAUUGGGUCCUGUAACAUAGGGACUUUGACAGGGAAGUCUGUAGAGUUAGGUAAGAUUCUUCAGGAGAGGAAGAUCAACAUAGCAUGCAUCCAGGAAACUAGAUCGGUAGGUACGAGGGCUCGGGAUGUGGACGGGUUUAAACUUUGGUACUCAGAAGGCACUGGGGACAAGAAUGGGGUGGGUAUUUUAGUUGACAGGGACCUCAGGGAGCUCAUGGUUGAGGUUAGGAGGGUCAAGAGACAAUUCUGGGAGGAUUUAGAUGAAGUGGUACGCGGUAUCCCACACAUCGAGAAGUUGUUCAAUGGUAGGGAUUUUAAUGGUCAUAUUGGGGCUGAUGCUAGGGGUUAUGACAAUGUGCAUGGUAGGUUCGGCUUUGGGGAUCAGAAUGAGGGGGGCUCCACACUAUUGGAUUUUGCUAGUGCUUUUGAUUUGGUGAUAUCUAACUCGAGUUUUCCGAAGAGGGAGGAGCACCUGGUCAUCUUCUGGAGUUCAGUAGCUAAGACCCAGAUUGAUUACCUCCUCUACAGAAAAUGUGAUUAA